AUGAAUUAUAUGGAGGCUGAAACCGUUGAGGUGCAGCCAAUCACCUUACAGCCUGAAGUGCUGGCUCGAAUUUCGCCGGAACUCUCAUUCCAGAGGCAUCUUUCAUUGGGAUUUAGGCCAUCAUUGAGAGGAUUUGAAGAGUUUAGAGACGUUGAGUUGGAAAAAGACAGUCUUUCAAGAUACUCUACUCAUUCAGAUAAUAAUGUUAUUGGUUCUUCGGUGGUGAGAAGUGGAGAUAUGUUUUGUAUAACGAAAAUAACGGGUGGUAUCAUAGAAGAUUUCGAAGUAAAUGCUGAUGAUGAUUUCUUAACGAAAGCUCUGGGCGAAAAUAGUAAGAAUGACAUAUCGAGAUAUGCAAGUGUACAUCCUGUAGUGGAGGUAGAGCGUGGAAGAAUGGGUGCCUGUACAGAUGAGGAAAUGACAGUUUCUCAAAAAUUAUAUGACGGCGUAUUACAUUCAAGAUUGAUUCCUAAGAAAUCGUUAGCAGUUAACCCUGGUAUUCGUACCACUGAUGAAAAUGGAGAAAUCAGAGUCAUAUAUCCAGAUGAACAGAGUAAAGAGGACAAUAUCCUGACUAGAGACUUUCAAUCCAAUAAAAAAUGGUCUUACGUACUCUAUGCCAAGAUUCAAGUCUUUAGUCGUACAGGUCCCGUUUUUGACCUAUGUUGGAAUUCUUUAAUAUAUGCAAUAAGAUCAGUCAAAUUACCUAGAGCGUUCAUAGAUGAAAGAGCCGUUGAUUUGAAAAUGACUGUAAGGACUAAAGGCAGAAGCGCCACGAUAAAGGAAACUUACGAUAUAUUGUGUGAUCCUGAAAUGUGCUCUCCGUUAGAAUUGAACGAAGAGAAUAUUUCAUUUGCAUCAAAUUAUGGUAUUACCGACAUUGAUUUUGAAGCAUCUUUGGAUGUGGAUGAGGAGGAUGAAAACAUGGAGGUCAUGGAACCAAAGACCGUUCUAAUAGCAGAUAUAGACACUGAAUCGGAAGAAACUAGCAUAAAAUCUAUAAUUUCCAUCAUUGGAAAUGAGCGGGGCAAUCUCAAACACGUGAGCGUCAUUGGUGGUGGUUCAAAAGUUACACCUGAUAUGAUUAAGAGGGCACUUCUUUUGUCCAAGGAAAGAGCAAAAGAUUUAUCCACCAAAAUAUAA